AUGGCUCAUCAUCACCACCACCAUGCGGCGUCGUCAUCGGAGUGGGAGCACAAGUGCGGCGGCCUGGCGGCGGAGCUGACGGCGGGGAGGGAGGUGGCGAAACAGCUCCAGCUCAUCCUCAGCUUCACCCCCCCGCAGCCCUCGUCAUCGGAGCAGGCGGCGACGAGGGAAGUGCUGGUGCAGAAGAUUCUUGCUUCCUACGAGAACGCGCUUUCCAUGCUCAGUACUCCGAGGAUGAUGCCAGCUCAGCACCACCAUGAUGAUGGGGACAUUGGGACGGUGGUGAUGAUGAAGUCGUCGCCGCCGGGGACCAGGAGCGGGAGUCCCGGGAGCGAGGACUCUGACCACGACCUCUUCAAAGACACCACGUCUUCUAGGAAAAGAAACUGCAGGAAGAGCAUUCCGAGGUGGACGCAUCAGGUGAGAGUGGGCCCAGGGAUGGGCCUCGAAGGCCCACUUGACGACGGCUUCAGCUGGAGAAAAUACGGCCAGAAGGACAUCCUCGGCGCCAAAUACCCUAGAGGGUAUUACAGGUGUACGCUGCGAAACGUGCAAGGCUGCCUGGCCACAAAGCAAGUCCAGAGGUCCGACGACGACUCCACCGUCUUCGAGAUUACGUACAGAGGAAGGCACACCUGCACCCAAUCACAAUCACAAUCACCAUCCACGUCAUCAUCUCCGGCGCCAAAUAACACAGUCCCUCCUCCGCCGUCCGAACCAGCCAUGACGCUGGCGGCGGACGACCGUCAACACGAGCAGCUGCUCCUCAACUUCCGGAAUGGACUCAACGUCGUGGUAACCGACGACGGCUCGGAGUUCGACUGCUCUCCUCCCACCACCGCCACCGCGGCGAGUACUUACGCCGGAAGCUUGUUCUUUCCUCCGCCGCAGGAUGCUACGGUGAUGAUGACGUCAUUUUCAGCUCCGACGAGUUCCACGUACAGUUCUGUCUACCAUCACAGCUUUAGCGGCGCGGCCAGCAGUAGUAGUAAUGAGAACGUUAAUAUUAGCUACGGACGGGAGCAGAGUACAACGGCUGCAGCCGCUCCGCCGGUUGACUUCCCGUUUGGCAAUAUGGACCAUUUGUUUGACGAUCCGACGACGUUCACGUUCGACAACUCCGGCUUCUUUUCCUAG